AAGUGCAUAAAAUGAGCAAAUUUUUCUUUGUUGCAGGUGUGACAUACAAUAUUCCAGUGUGUGUCUGGUUGCAGGAGAAGCAUCCUUAUGUUCCACCACUAGUGUUUGUUAGGCCAACAAGCACAAUGGCUAUCAAGGCAUCUCAACAUGUCGACACUAAUGGAAGAGUUUAUCAUCCAUUUUUACAUGAGUGGAAUUAUCCCAGAUCUGAUCUUGCUGCCUUACUUCAGAUUCUCUGUGGCAUUUUUGCAGCACAAUCACCAGUUUAUGCAAAGAGUACACCAACACCACCACAGCCUUCUAAUUACAACAGACCACAACAACCAGGGUACCCUCCUCAAUAUCCCCCAGGUUACCCUCCUUCUAAUCAAGCUGGGUCACUGCCCUACCCUGUAGGAGGGUCUGCAAGAAUGCCAAUGCCAACACAAAUGCCGAUGCCAGGUAGCAGCCCUGGGGGAACAGGUGGUAACAGACCCCCUUAUCCACCCUAUCCCUCUCAUGGUGGGGCCAGCAUGGGUUCAUCUAAUCCCCCAUACCCAGUGACUAAUCACUCAACUUAUCCUCCAAACACACAAUCAUCUUUCCAUGGUCCAGCCAGCAUUCCUCCCACAACUCAAGCUAACCAGGUCACAACGGAAAUGUCAACCACCUCAAGUAGCAAUUUAAAUGAAGAUGACAUCAAAGCUUCACUCCGGUCUGCUGUGGAGGAUAAAAUUAAAAGACGUACAAGAGCACUGUUUGAACAAGCACAGAUUGAACUAGAUGAGCUGAACAGAACACAACACGAGUUAAAACAAGGAAGUGAAAAGCUACAGGAUAUUCUUCAGAAACUUGAAAGAGAACAGGUAAAUGACUCAACAGAAUUCAAAGAGGUAAAUUAAAAUAUUUUAACAGCUUAAAGCAUCCUUGGAACUCUUCUCUUGGGAUUAGAAUACUUGCAUAACUCAAAAGCUCACUUGCCUUGAGCAGCAAUCUAAAUUAUUAAAUGAGACAGUCAUUAAUUUCUCUGCAUGCCUUGCCAGCCUAUGAUGCAAGAUUACCAGAGACAAACAUACUUUAGUGACCACCACUGUUAUCAAACAAUUCCAAAUGGUCCUAAAUUUCCCUGUUUACCACCAUAUUAUGAGGAGAACAUGUCGCAUAAAUUUAAAAAAAGUCUUCUCGUUCAGGUAAGGCCGUAGUGGACAAAUUUCUGCUUCCCUGGCUGGGAUGUAAGUCCAUCAAUGGUUACUCAAACAUUUUGUUAAGUUGCCCAGACAGACUCCCACUACACAUUUUAGCACUUUAUGUCUUGUGUAUGAAUAGACCACAACGUCCUUGGCCAGGGCUCCAACCCACACUUUCAGGGGAUACCAUUAGGGGAAAAUAAUGUGUCUCUCACACCCCACUAAGGGACUCACAAAAUGGAUGGACACUUACAGUACACCGUAUGCAACAUUUCACUGUAUUUUUUU